AUGUAUUUUUAUGGAUUGCCUUUUAAAGCGGACGAUUCCGGAGAAACUGUUGCUACAAAUGAGAAACGACGACAGUUUAUACAGCCUCUUCCUGGCCAAGCUCAGAUCCCCAGAAAUGUCCUUAUGGCAAGCAGUUAUCCAGCCCCAGCUCCAGUCCCUGUAGCAGCAGCGGCACCAGUGCCAGCAGGAGUUGUGGCUUCACCACCAGUGGCUGCGGCUCCGGCACCAGUAGUUGUCUCACCACUUGGACAAUGCCCCGGUGGUCCAUCUCUUCCAGUUGAAUGUGACCCCAAACGACCAUGGCCUCAGUGCCCACCACAAAGUUACUGCUAUGCCACGAACUCUGUUGAUAUUGGACCUUACUUUUGCUGCCCAAUCUGGUCAACUUACGGCGCUGCCUGGAGACCAGCAACUCCCUUUUACAAUUACGUCCCCGCUAUGCCACCAAACUGGCCUGAUGUAAUGAAGCUUACUGCUAACUGGCCUGCCGCAGCUGUUGGUCUCCCUGUUGCAGCAGCUCCAGUCCCAAUUGUUGCUAAAAGCAAAAAGCAACCACAACUGAAUGACGAACCGACAAAGGAGCAGAGUGCGAUUGAAGCUUCAAUCAACGGUUGGAUGCAGAGGCAAAAGACUUUGGUUAGUGUCUGGACUCCAUUCAAUUUCUUUGCUCAAAACCACUUUUAUCUUCAAUCUUUGUAA